AUGAAAAAUCUAAGACACACACGCUGUCAGCAAUGGAGUUCGCUUCAUGGUCGCUCUAUUACGUCUUCUGCAUGGGAUACUACGAACAAUUCGCUUCUUUGCUGCCUGGGACCUAACGAAAACGAUCCGGUGGUGGAACUCAGAAGAAUCAAUCUAUCUUCUAAUCCUCCUGUAAGCUUAAAAAUUGCUUCAUGGGAAGCUCCUUGCCCAAAUCCCGAGUUAUUGCAUGAUGAGAUUCUCAACAUUCAUUACUUCGGAGAUAUAUCGACAACCUGUCUUGUUUUUGCUGGUGGUGAUGUCGUUAUCGUCAGGGAAAAUCCAUCCAUAGAAGAGGGCAGUGUUGAAAUUGUUGGCUCGAUCAAUGAAGGUAUCACUGCAGCAAGGUGGUCUCCAGAUGAAGAACUCUUGGCUAUUAUGACAAAAGCAGACACAAUAGUCUUCAUGAGCCGAAACUUUGAUGGGGUAGUGGACAUCAUUAUGUCUAGCACUGACCUGAACGAAUCAUAUCAGGUUUCUGUCGGGUGGGGAAAGAAAGAAACUCAAUUCCAAGGCAGAGGCGCUAAAGCAUUGAAAGAUCCAACAUUACCAGAGAAAAUUGACGAAGGAACACUCAGUCCUAAAGAUGAUACAAAGCAUAGAAUUAGUUGGAGAGGUGAUGGCGCUUUUGUGGCUGUGUCAUCUAUACAGGACAACAAGAGGCGCGUAAUCCGCGUUUACUCCCGAGAUGGCUCGCUCGAAAGCGUCAGCGAGCCAGUUGAUGGAUUAGAAGGACCUUUAAGUUGGAGGCCUACCGGGAAUCUCAUCUCAGGCAUACAGAGAAUCCAAGAUCGCGUGGAUGUAGUAUUUUUUGAGCGUAAUGGUUUGAGGCAUGGCCAAUUUAGCCUUCGUUUGAUAUCCACAGACAUCCAUUCCUCUGAUCAAAUUCUUGAUUUAUUUUGGAACUCAGAUUCUACAGUUCUUGCAGUGGUAUUGGCUAAUCAUAUAGAGCUAUGGAUGAUGGGAAACUUUCACUGGUAUCUAAAACAACAAAUUUCCUUCGACAACCCGCUACCGACGUAUCCAUUGGUUUGGCAUCCAGAAAGACCGUUGAAGCUUACUAUUUUAUCUAAAUCAUCGAUAUUUGUCAAUGACUUUGUGUUCACCAUUAGUCACGCGCCAUCGACCUUUCCUCAAGAACACGGAGUUAUUGCUGUAGUCGACGGUAAAAUCGUCAAAAUCACACCUUUUCGAUAUGCAAAUGUUCCACCGCCUAUGGCCCUUCAUGAAAUAGAGGUACCAGCUAAUGUAAUAGAUAUCGCAUUUGGUGAUAAUGCACAAACAUUCACAAUCUUGCAUCAAAAAGGUAUUUCGUGUUAUGAAUGGUGUAACAUAGCUACUUUAUCCAAUAGCCCACAACUUAAGAAAGAAUUCACCUUUUCAAGACCUGAUGAUCCAGACUCCAAGUUUCUUCAGAUUACAUCGGCAGGUAAAAACGAAGCGGCACUACUUCAAACAAAAGCGUCCGUAACUUCUGUCAUAAGGUAUAGCUUUGAUAACGAUGGUUACAUCAAAGAGGUACUCGGAAUAAAUGAUGCAACAUCCGGACCUCCGUUAAUAAUUACAAACAUAUCAAGCUUCAAGAUGAACAAUGGUGUGUAUAUUUUUACUCAAGAUAGCAAUGGUGAUGUUCGAAUCUUGACACAAGGAGAUAAGGUAAUCAAUGGACAUGAACUGUCACGUAAUUUUGUUCGCAUCGAAAUUAUGCCAGUUGGGAAUGAAAUAAUUGCAUUCGGGAUGUCUAGUAACGGGCAUCUAUAUGCCAAUUCACGUUUAUUGGUUAAAAACUGCACUUCUUUCUUCGUUACUCCAUUACAUCUUAUCUUCACAACCACUUCACAUGUAAUCAAGUUUAUUCACAUCACGCUCUUGGAGAAUCUUGAGAUUCCUCAAGAGGACACCGAAACGGACGAACGCUGUCGCAGAAUUGAACGAGGAGCCCAGCUAUUACUAGCUAUACCGGCAGAAAUGAAAGUGAUACUUCAGAUGCCUCGAGGAAAUUUAGAGACAAUCUUUCCUCGAGCCAUGGUACUCGCUGAAAUCCGUAGGUUGGUAGAAGAAAAAAAUUUCAGAAAAGCAUUUUUGCAUUGUAGAACUCAAAGGGUUGAUAUGAAUAUAAUCUAUGAUCAAGCCCCGAAACUUUUCCUCUCAAACGCUGGAAUCUUCAUUGAUCAGGUUAAAAAACCCGCCUACAUAGACUUGUUUUUGUCAUCAUUAAGAGAAGAAGAUGUCACUCAGACAAUGUACAAAGAUACGAAAAUUUUAGGUUCUCAGGAUAAUAUUUUCAUAAAUAAAGCUACACAGGAACCAAAAUUACUCGAUCUUAAAAAUUAUUCGAAGGUCAAUAGCAUUUGUGAUGCUUUCUUAACAAUAUUUAGUGAUCGAAAGGCUCAAAGCGUUCAAAAUAUUAUCACAGCAAAUCUUUGCAAACUACCACCAGCAUUAAAUGAUGGGCUUCUUGUUGUGGCACGGCUAAUGGAACAAUCGCCAGAUUUGGUAGAGAAGGCCAUUGAACAUAUCUGUUUCUUGGCAGAUGUCAAUAAGCUCUAUGAUGCUGCUCUCGGACUUUAUAAUCUAGAAUUGGCUUUACUUAUCGCUCAACAAUCGCAGAAAGAUCCCCGGGAAUAUCUCCCUUUUUUACAAAAUCUACAAAAGAUGAGCACUGCUCGUCGGCAGUUUGAAAUCGACGACCACCUCGGACUUUAUGGCAAAGCACUGGCUCACUUACACGCUCUUGAUGAGUUUACCGAGCUGCAAGCAUAUGCACAGAAACAUAACUUAUAUUGCGAAGCCUUAGCCUUGUACCGAUAUAAUUCUACUAAACAUACCGCCAUAAUGGCCCUUUAUGCUUCUCACCUCGAAUCAAAAUCCCAAUUUUGGACCGCUGCCGUGGCAUAUGAAUCUUUAUCUAACUAUUCCAAGGCCACACACUGCUACAUAUCUUCAGGCCCUUCAUACUGGCGUCAGGCUUUAUUUUCUGCACUCUCCCAGUCACCUCCAAUUUCAGAAACUGCACUCACCAAUUUAGCGAAAUCCCUAUACGAUGCCCUUAUAGAAAGUAAACAUUAUCAGUCUGCUAGCAUCAUUCAACUUGACUACCUUUCAUCGACUGCCGAGGCUUGUCGGGCUCUAUGCAAAGGAUACUUAUUUGCAGACGCACUAUAUCUCGUUAGCCUCAAGAAAGAACCAGAAUUAUUAGACUCGGUGAUCGAGCCGGGCCUCAAUGAAGCUUUCGCAUCCAGCAUUGAAUUAUUAGCUGAUUGUAAGGCUCAGAUUUUGGCCCAAGUACCGCGGAUAAAGGAAUUAAGGCAGAAAGCAAUGAUAAAUCCACUAUCUUUCUACGAGGGUGAACGUUCUGAGGCAUUGCUGGAUCUUCCGGACGAUAUUAGUAUCGCGGCUAGUUCGAGAUUGAGCACAAAUUGUUCAUUGUUUACACGUUAUACGGGAAAGGAUGGUAGUGUAGGUACAUGUGGGACGGGGGUAAGUCGUGCGACAAGCAAAAACCGAAAAAGAGAGGAGCGAAAACGUGCGAGAGGGAAAAAAGGAAGUGUUUAUGAACAAGAAUAUCUUGUCCAAAGUGUGAAGAGAUUGAUUGAACGAGUAGAGAGUAAUAGGGGUGAUAUAGGCAGGCUAGUCGAAGGCUUGAUAAGACGGAAAAUGUUGGAACAAGCGCGUGCGAUAGAAGGCGCGCUGGGUGAUCUAAUUGAGAUGUUUAAGAGCGUCAUCAACGAUGUUUUUGAUGAAAGUUGUAAAACUAAGGAUAGUUCUCAGGCACCAGUCGACGGCUAUGGACCGGGCAUGACACGUGGUGGAGAUGCAGUAUUACAAGAAAGCCUCAGUGCGACAUUUGAGCGCAAGGAGAUACCAAUUAUAUCCCCAUUUGAAAAGAUAUCGCUACUUGGCUAA